AACCAACCUAAAAUGUAUUAUGCAUUGAAAUUGGAAAUAUCUCAAUAGCUAACUUGAUAUCAAACUAGGAAAUUCUACGUGUGAAUUUUUGUUUAUACCUAGAAUUAUUUAAAAUAUCAAAUAAACUAAAUGGACUGCAUUUACACAGAUAAUUUGUUAUAAAACUUUAAAUAUUAUGUAAAAGACGCUGAAUAUCUGUAUGUAAAUUGUACCUAAAACAUACAUGUGUUUGACAUUGCAGGAAUCAGACUAAUCAGAAUACCAACUAUACAUAAGGCAGAUAUUUCAAAAUUGAGAAAUAUAUAAAGCCCGAACCUUUCGGGUGCCAGGCAUUUUUGAGAAGUACAGUCUCAACCUUUUCCCUACAAAAAGUUGUGUCCGCUUUUAAGCUCCUUUGUAUUCACUUUUCAGGAAGGAUAGAAUUAGUGAGAAAAAAGUGGAUUAUGAGGUAGGGGCAGCGGUCAUUUUGUUUCAUUCAGCUCUGGGUCAGAUGUUUAUCCUGGUGUCAGUAGAGGCACAGAUGUGGUUUUGUGGCCACAGAAUUUAGAAGAUAGUUUUGACAGACUGAAUUUUCUGUCCUGUUUACAGACAAAUGACAUGAUCUAUCUGAAGGGCAGAAGAAAAUGUAGUUGCUCAUGCUUAGCCUGAGACUGUUACCAACAUGCCUGCAUAUUUCCCCAGCAUUUUUUCCCCAACAGAUUCAUCAGGAUGAGUACGUGUGGCCCACCAAGCCUCCUGGAGCUGGCUAUACAGAAUCUGCUGAAGGAUGAUGCUUUGGUCAUUGCUGCUCUGGAAGAGCUGCCUGUAGAGCUCUUCCCACCUCUGUUCAUGGCAGCCUAUACUGGGAAACACAAUGAGAGUGUGAAGAGGAUUGUGCAGGCCUGGCCCUUUCCCUGCCUCCCUCUGGGGUCCCUGGUGAAGGGUGGACAGACACACCAGGAGAACUUCCAAGCUGUGCUCAAUGGGCUUGAUGCCCUGCUUGCUGAAGACAUUUGUCCUAGGCAGCAGAAACUGCAAGUGCUGGAUCUGUGUCAAAAAACUACAUGGUCUUGUAGUAGGAAUGGUAUGUGCUCACUGUCCCAAGCCAUCCUGCCAUUGAUGAAGGUAAAGGUGGAUGGAUCCAGUAUGGGGGCAAAAGAGCCCAGGGCUCCUCUGAAGGUAUUCAUAGAUCUCUACCUCAGUAUUGGCAGCCAUGAUGAAUGGCUCACGUCUCUUAUUGAAAAGGCCAAGCAGUGGAAAGGUUUACUACACUUAUACUGUAACAAGUUGAGUAUUUUUGCAUUGUCCAUGCAGAAUAUGAAGGUCUUGAAAGUUGUGAGGUUGUAUUCUGUCCAGGACUUGGAACUGAUCUGUAACUGGAAAUUGUCCGUCCUGGGGAAGCUUCUUUCUCUUCUGCCAUACAUGGGUAAAUUGCACAGACUCUUCCUGUCUCAGACACAGAUGUCCCAGUGUAGUUCCUGGGAGGAGGAGGAGCAGUUUGUGGAGACAUUCAGCUCUCAGUUGCUCAGUCUGCAUCACCUCCAAGAGCUUCAUUUGGAAUCUAUCAGCUCCCUUGAAGGCUCCUUGUGCAACCUGCUCAGGUGUCUGAAGAGCCCCUUGAAGAUCCUCUCUCUCACCAAUUGUCUGCUUCUGGAAUCAGACUUGAUGAAUCUGUCCAAGUGCCCCAGUACAAGACAGCUAAGGGGACUAUGUCUAAAUAGGGUUCUCCUGAUGGAUAUAAGUUCUGAGACCCUGGAAGCACUGCUAGAGAAUGUCUCAAGCACCCUCCAGGUCCUGAGCCUAGAGGAAUGUGGAAUCAUGAACCUUCAACUCACUGCCAUUCUGCCUGCCCUGAGACACUGUUCCCAGCUCACAACCUUUAGCUUUUCUGGGAACCCCAUCUCCAUAAAUGUGCUGUUGCGUGUCCUGCGCCACACCAUUGGGCUGACUAAGUUAAGGCAUGUGCGAUAUCCUGCUCCAUUGGAGUUUUAUGAGCAUGUUGGAGAUGGGUUGCUUGCCACCCUACACGCCAAGCUGAUGCAAAUGCUACAAGAGUUGGGGCGGUCAGACAUGGAGUGGCUCAGUGGCAAACCCUGUCCUCAUCGUGAGUGGCCCUUCAGUGACCUGUGGCCCAUGCCUUGGUAGUGUCUGCACAGGAUUGAGACUACCACUGAACAUUACAUGAUGGUAUGCAGUGCUGACUAUGCCUGAACAGAGAAAGGGAUGGAAAAGGAGGCACCAAGGCCUGGCACCCAGACUCCUUUCACAGGGCAAAAAUGUUAGUUUAGAUAAUGUCAAAUAGUCCACCAAUUCCUCAGCCACAAAUGAUGCCUGUCCUCUUUCCAACUUUGUCAACUUCUAUUCAUCCUGAGCCAGAGCACUCUGAAGGAUACACUGGAAAUUUCCACAGCCACGUUCAUAAAAAGUUCCUACAGAAAGCAAG